AUGCAAAACCACAUGGCAUGUAAGACUGCUUUGGACCCCUAUGUUGCAUCAGCAAGUGCGCAUCACAAAGGAAAACACGCUGAGAGAAGAGUUCUGCCAAGUCACACCUGUGGAAAUCCAGGGUUGAUACCGAGAGGGAUUAUCCAUGGGACCAGGUACAACGUCGGAGACAAGAUCCGCUAUAGUUGUGUGAUGGGAUACGUUUUGGAGGGGCAUGCAUUGCUCACGUGCAUAGUGAGCCCAGGAAGUGGUGCAUCAUGGGAUUUCCCAGCACCAUUUUGUAGAGCUGAAGGAUCAUGUGGUGGGACGUUAAGAGGAACAACAGGGACAAUAUCAAGUCCCCACUUUCCUUCAGAGUAUGACAACAAUGCUGACUGCACGUGGAGUAUUCUGGCCGAGCCGGGAGACACCAUUGCCCUAGUCUUCACAGACUUCCAGCUAGAAGAUAGAUAUGACUUUCUAGAGAUCAGUGGCACAGAAGCACCGUCAAUAUGGCUGACUGGAAUGAAUUUGCCAUCCCCUGUCAUCAGUAGCAAGAAUUGGCUGCGGCUUCACUUCACGUCUGACAGCAACCAUCGGAGGAAAGGAUUUAGUGCCCAGUAUCAAGGUAAGGGCCAUGAGGUCUAG